AUGUCGGACCACCAUCACCAUCACGGCGGCGGCGGCCACUGCCAGGGCGAGCAUGACCACUCGAACGAUAUCACCCCCGCGCUCCAGUCCCUGCUUUAUUCGCAGAUCGACUUUGACUCAAUCACUACUCUUAAUGAGGCGACCGAAAAGGGCGGCGCUGCUAUUGUCCAGAAAACCUGGGCUGAGAGACUGAAUGACAAGCCCGAGUUAGAGAGUGAUGCCGAUGAGCAGCUGCUGAUGUAUAUCCCCUUCACUGGCCAGGUCAAACUUCAUUCCCUGCUCCUUUACACUGCGCCUACCGCCGCUGCCCCCAAGACCGUAAAACUGUUCAAGAACCGCGAUGACCUCGACUUCUCAACUGCUUCGGAGCUCUCCCCUACUCAGACCAUCGAAGUCCCCCAGCCCGUGGCCGGUGCCGAUGUGUUCGAGCUCCCGCUAAACCGCGCCCAUUGGAACACCACCACAUCAGUCACGCUCUUCUUCGAGGACAAUUGGACAGAUGGCGAGGAUGAUGUCACCAAGGUUGGAUAUAUCGGUUUCAAGGGCCAGUUCAUGGCAUUGAACCGUGAACCUGUCAGCUUCUUGUACGAAGCUGCUGCGAACCCUAAUGACCACGUCUCUAUCCCUGGUCUCAAUGACUUUGGAAGCCGUGUCAUGCCCGGUCAGUAA